AUGCAUCCACCCAAAGGAGGCUACUCAGCAGAGGGUUCCGGCACUGGAUCGCCAGAGAUCGCGCUUUCCUUCUUGAUGUUUGCGCAGUUCUUUCCCCUGGCCUGGCUUCGAAAGGCCUCUGGGCCCUACAGCUUUGAGACCGAGGAGGCUGAAAAACGACAGCUCGCGAGCCUGCUUGACAUCCGUGUGGGCCAGCUGAAGUUCGCCAAUGCUAAGCAGCUCAAGGCUCAUUUCAGGCAUUCUGGCCCCGAACUUGCACUUCCACGGCAGGUGAUCCUUGUCGUACACACCGAUCUGCGCACUUUGACGGCAAGUGCCGACAUUUUGCUCCAUCUGGGUGCCAAGCCUAAGAAAACGCACUGGCUCGAACCUUCUAGCCUUUCUGCCGCGCUACUGCUGACGACAAGCCCACUGCACAACAACAUGGGCUUCCUGGAGCAGCUGGACCUUCGUGCGACGAAUGUCCGUCAUGCACCAUUGCUGGUGCAGGCCAUCUGCCCAGCCUGCGGCCUCAACCAGGCUUUCUCGGGGACCCCGCCUGCUGGUGCUUCUUGGCGCUGCAACAACUGCCGAGGAGACCCAGAGCAUUGCCGUCUGGUGCGCCGUGCCGUCGCAGCCUACCGCUCCGGGGCAGACCAUAAAACACACCGCGCACAGACAGCGCUGGAGUCGAUGCUGCUCUCUGCGAUCAAGAGAGGCCAUGCUGAAGCCUCAGCGCUUUGUGCAGGUGCUCUCGCUCCCUUACAGUCGCCGACGUUUGUGGACGCCGCCCUGCGAGGCAGGCGCGCAGGCAUCCUGGCGACGAUCCUGAGCUUCAGCUCGACAGCGAGCCUGUCCAGUUCUCUGAGAGCCGUGGAGACACACUGGCUCAAUGCAGGCCGGGACUUCGGCCGAAUUCGUGGGCAGCUGCGCGCUGCCCGGAGCUCCUUCUGCUUGAACCCGGCGGACGAAGCCGUCUCGCAGCAGUUAGGUCGGCUUCUUCGCCUGCCUCCUCUUCGUUUGCCGCGGCCAGCUGUGGAGACCGUACGUUCAUUCAUCUUUUGCCGAGAUCCGUCUGAGAUGAUGCGUGACACGCUGCUGCUUUUAGGUUUGACGGAGGGAAUGUACAUUCGUUCAUGA